CGGGUCCCUGAGAUGUGUGGUCGCCGGGUCCGGGCCAGCUGCAGAUAUCUGUGGAGAUUAAGAAUACUAUGGAGCUCCUCAAAACAUGUCAUUGAAGAAUAUGAUGGCUGAAAACAAUUUAAAAAUGCUAAAGAUUGAACAGUGUGUAGUAGCCAACAAACUACCUAGAAACAGGCCAUAUAUUUGCAAUAUUUGCUUCAAGCACUUUGAAACACCAUCAAAAUUAGCUAGGCACUAUCUCAUUCAUACUGGUCAGAAGCCAUUUGAAUGUGAUGUGUGUCAUAAAACCUUUAGGCAACUAGUUCAUCUGGAGAGGCAUCAACUCACUCAUAAUCUGCCUUUCAAAUGUAGCAUUUGUCAACGCCACUUCAAAAACCUGAAGACAUUUGUGAAGCACCAACACCUUCACAAUGAAACCUACCAGAAUGAUGUUAAACAGGUCAGAAGACUGUUGGAGGCCAAGCAAGAAAAGCCAGCGUAUGGAAUGUAUCAUACUUGUACCACAGAGGAGAGAUGGGCAUUGCACCCAUGUACUAAGUCUGAUCCUACCUACAGCCCUACAAAGAAAAGAAAGAAUAUUCAUGCAUGUACAAUCUGCAGCAAGAUGUUUCCAUCACAAUCAAAACUCGAUAGACAUGCCCUUAUUCAUACUGGUCAGAGGCCUUUUAAAUGUGUCCUGUGCAGUAAAUCUUUCCGACAGUCAACUCAUCUAAAAAUCCACCAACUCACACAUUCAGAAGAAAGACCUUUUCAAUGUUGUUUUUGUCAAAAAGGAUUUAAGAUUCAAAGCAAACUUCUGAAGCAUAAACAAAUCCAUACCAGGAAUAAGACUUUUCAGACUCUUUCAUUAAAAGCGAAGAGUCCAGAAUCGUACCCCCUGCCUAAUAAAUUAAAUGCAAAGCAGGAUGGUUUUGAAAAUGGUGCUAUAGGUGAAUCCGAGGAGAAUAAUCAGCUUGAUGUCCACUCUAUUUAUAUUGUUCCUUUCCAGUGUCCAGAGUGUGAAGAGUGUUUUGAAUCAGAGCAGAUUCUCAAUGGACACAAGUGUUUUCCUGCCAGAAGCGGCAAAAUCCCAAGCAGUUUCAAAAGAAGCCUCAACUAUAAAACCAUCGUUAGAAAAAUCUUGGCCAAGCUUAAACGUGUUGGGGGUAAGAAAGUGGACAACUUUAGAUCUGAGAAAAAAGUAUUUAAAAACGGUUUCUUGAAAAAUUGUGAUCUUAUUUCUGGUGAGCAGAACCCUGAACAAACCCAGAGGACAUUUAUGGGUUCUCUUGGCAAACAUGGAACAUAUAAGACAGCUGGCAAUAAAAAAAAGAAAACAUUGACUUUGCCAUCUUCUUGGCAAAAGCACUUCCCGAGCCAAAAUAUGGGGAAAAACUUGAAAGGUAUCCUUACGACAGAAAACAUGUUAACUAUGGAUAAUUCAGUGAAUAAUAAAGACAUAUCUGUCUAUGGUUCAUCAGGUGAGGAGUUCUUUGAUAAGUGCGAAGUGCUUCAGUGUGGUUUUUCAGUUCCAAGUGAAAACAUCCAUACUGGACAUAAGAUGUGUCCUUGUGACAAAUGUGAGAAAGUAUUUCCUUCUAUAUCCAAACUACAGAGACACUACUUAAUUCAUACUGGACAGAGGCCUUUUGGCUGUACUGUUUGUGGGAAAUCUUUUAGACAGUCAGCUCACUUAAAAAGACAUAAAUUAACUCAUACUGAAAAGAUUCCUUAUAGAAGAUCUCUUUGCCAAGUAGAAUUAGACAAUUUGAGCAGACUUUUCAUUCAUCCAGGUGAUAACGUUAACUAUAAUGCUUCUCAACAAUGCAAGGCUCUUGGUUUUCAAAAAUGUGAGGCCUCAGAGUCAGAUCAAAUAUCAGAAAUAAAAGUUAAGGCAGAAUCAGAGGAUUUCAUUCUUGGUGCCCACUGUAGGAGCAGGCAGCCCUCUCUCUCUAAUGCCCUUCUGGAAUCAGAGCAGAGCCCUCUUAGUCAUUGUUGUAGUUAUUCAGAACAUCCUGAGAGGAAUGAUGGCCUUCUUUACCCAUGCAGCGUUUGUUCUAAAAGUUUUAGAUCUCCAUCUAAACUGGAGAGACACUAUCUAAUUCAUGCAGGGCAGAAGCCAUUCGAAUGCUCAGUUUGUGGCAAAACAUUCAGACAGGCCCCUCACUGGAAGAGACAUCAACUUACUCACUUUAAGGAACAACCACAAGAAAAAGCGGUUGUCUUAAAUUCAGUUAUGUAACUUCCAGAGUCAUUAACACAUUUGUGGUCUCUGGUGAUGCUGUUAAAGCCUGUAUCAUUUUAAAUGUGUUUUUAUCAAAAGGCCUGAUUAGGUUGAAUGAUUAUAUUUAUAGGCAGUUGCUUGUCCUGCACAGUAAGGUAAGAUACAUAGACAAUUAAUACAGUGUUUUAGGAACAGCCCUAUUUUUAGAAGGAAGAACAUGGUUUGAUGUCAUAAAGUAAGCAUCUAUUUUAUUGUAAUAUAUACUUUGGCUUUAUUGGAAGUGGUGUAAACCCACGAUGCGGUACAAACAAUUUAGCCCCAUUUAUUUUUUAAAGGAAUUAUUCCUUGAGACAUGCCAUCUCCUUUUAGAAAUAGUAAAAUACCGAGAGGUAAAAAUUGGUUUUUGGCUGCAGCAAGUAGCUUCAUGAUAUUUCGUUUGUUUUACAUUUCACACGAAAGCAUAGUUUUGUUCACCUAUGGCUCAAAUCCCAUUGCAAAAUUUUUUUCUUGUAAAUUUAAAAAAUGUAAAGGCAAUAAAAGUGAAAAAUGGAGGAGAAUCAGCAUUAUUUUCAUUGGUCUUUUCCAAGCUAUUUAUUCUUAGGAUUCUGUGGUAGCUUCACCUCCUUUUUCACUGGUGAUUUGAAUCACUUUUUGCCCAGCCUGCUGUUGUCUUUCCCAAAAUAAUUAGGGUGCACCUCCACACAUUUACAUGUUUAUCAGGAAUAUUGUCCCACAAGUGCCAUAAUCUUUUUGAUAUGUUUGCAGUGUUAUCUUUUCAGAGGAGUAAAUGUAAUUUGUCUAUUUGCUUAUUAAUGAUUGAUAGCAGGAAUUUUUACAUUUACUUCAGUAAAACUUUCUUUUAAUGCCUCCUUAAUUGAAUGGUCCUAUGACUUAACUAGAUCUAUUCUGUUAAGUUUGAUCAAAAUGCAAUGACUAGGUCUAGUUAUAGUUUUUAUUCCUCUAUAUUUUUUAUAAGAUUCUAAUGCUAAAGAGUAUUGUUUUGAUCCUUAGUAAAUUGUUAUUUUAAUUAGUAAGAUAAUUACUCCUGAAUAGGAACAAGAUGCUUGAGGCUAUCAUUCUUUUAAACAGUACUGUCAUGAUUUGGGAAAUAUUUCAUCUUAAACCAUAAAAGACUUAUAAUCACAAAUUGCCCUUCAUAUUUGCCAUUUUAAAUUAAAUCUUUAAGAAUAGCAAUUCCUAGCAAUAAAAAAAAUAACCAUUAUCUUUCUAAGGUGAAAAGAACAGGUGGGUAUUGAUUCUAGCACACUUAAAUACAGUGACAAGCCAGGCCCUCUAUUAAGAAUGAAUAAAUGAACAAUCGUAAGUUUUGAAUUUACUCUGAACUGCUUGUGUGUGAAAAGGGAGGGGUUGGUCUGCUUAUGUGUUUUGCAAGUGAAUUUUGAGAAGCUUGGGUUUAAUUUACAGAGAUGAAACAUAACAGUACAGAUAAAAUUCCCAGUGUUUACAAAUGUGCAGGAGAAUCAUCUUUUAAAGAAUAAGUUCUCUUAGGUUUUCUUAAGGUACGUUCCUCCAGUGCAAGCAAGAUGGUUUAAAGAAUUUACUUUAGAAAAAACUUUUCAAAAACAUAUUUAUUACAUUAAAGCAAGUAAAAAUGAGUUCAUAUUUUCUAAGAAUACAGGUUCAAGAGUUUUUUCCCGUUUAUAUGUCUGAAAUGAUGUAUUUUGGGAUUUUCCUAAGCUACUAAUAUAAUGUUAUUUGAAGUAAAUGUCUCAUAUAUGCCUUUCCCAGCCCAAACAGGGAGAGUCCUUAACAGUGUUGUGCUUGUAUGAUUAUUAGAUUUCAUUUGCCUAAGUGAUACUGUACUUUUUUUGGCCCAUGCCUUUUUAAGCUGUUUCAUAUUGAAAGUUGGAAUAUUGUAAAAAUUUUGUCAAAGAUGUAUUGUAGUGCUAUUUGAAGUACCUGUUACAAAAUACUUAUUUACCUUUACUAUCACUGCAAGCUUCUUGUGGAAACUAUAGGAGUGAAAAUAAACUAUACAUUCAUGACAAGAUUAAACAUUAUAUAUUAAAUGAUGAUUUGCUGCAUGCCAGAAUGGUUUAGUGUGGAAUCAACUACUUUGGUUGUCUGAAAAAAUAAACUUUAUAAAUAUCUUUAAAGAGAAUUAGAUAAAUUUUUCCUUCAGGUGAUUCCAGGCUAUGGUAUGAUUAUUUACAGAAGUAAUUUGAUUGGCUGAGUUAGUGGAAUGAUUGGUUCUUGUUUUGUAUUGCAGUAGGUUCUACAAAACGUGUAUGUAUUGAAAAGUAGGUGGUGGUGGUUAAGAUUCUUGAAACAUUCAAAUUUCAGAAUAUUUUUAAAAUAAAGUUUCAAAUUACA